AAGCGCAGGGCCGGCUGGAGGAGGCUUGUCUUUCUUGUCCGGCUCCGGGCCGUUUGGUGCUGCAUGUGGCCUCCGUGGCUGCCUUGGGCCAUUCCGGGUCGCUGGGGCUGCUGGAGCUUGCGGUUUGGCCGAGCCAUGUCUGAGGGCUCCGCUCGCCGGCCCCGGCCCCCUAAGGACCCUCUGCGGCAUCUGCGUACGCGGGAGAAGCGUGGCGCUGACGGGGAGCGCCCGGGACCCAGCACCGUGUACUUGCAGGUGGUGGCGUCUGGGACCCGCGAUGCGGGCUCGGCUCUUUACGUAUUCUCGGAGUUCAAUCGGUAUCUUUUCAAUUGUGGGGAAGGUAUCCAGAGGAUCAUGCAGGAACACAAACUGAAGGUUGCUCGCUUGGAUAACAUCUUCCUGACUCGAAUGCACUGGUCUAAUGUUGGAGGUUUGGCUGGAAUGAUUCUUACCUUAAAGGAAACUGGGCUUCCAAAAUGUGUUCUUUCUGGACCACCACAAUUGGAAAACUACCUAGAAGCUAUCAGAGUAUUUUCUGGUCCGUUGAAAGGAAUAAACUUGGCUGUACGACCCUGUUCUGCUCCAGAAUACAAAGAUGAUACGAUGACAGUUUUUCAGUUGCUUAUACGAAGUAAACAGGUUGCAUGUGAUCACCAGUUGUCUCAGCAUUCCAGAAAGUCUCCCACCAGGGUUAGUCCCAACCGUUCUGCCAACUUUGAAUCUUUUAAAAGUGACCAGCAACUUCCAGGUGGUGGUGGAAAUGAUUCUCCAAAGGACAUAGAUGACAAUUGGAAAAUAAAAGGCAGAGACCCAUCUUUGGUUGUAGCUUUCAUCUGUAAGCUUCACAUGAAACAAGGAAAUUUUUUGGUGUUCAAAGCAAGAGAUCUGGGGCUUCCAGUUGGCACAUCUGCCAUUGCACCUAUAAUUGCUGCUGUCAAGGCUGGGAAAAGUUUCACUUAUGAAGGAAGAGAGAUUUUGCCAGAGGAGGUUUGCAACCCUCCAGAUCCUGGCUCUGUUUUUAUUGUGGUGGAAUGUCCUGACCAAGGAUUUGUAGAGCCGAUCUGUGAAAAUGACACCUUCCGGAGGUAUCAAGAGGGAAAGGCUGAAGCUCAUGUGGCUGUGGUUGUUCACAUGACUCCAGAAUCAAUAUUGCAGGAUAGCAGAUACCAACAAUGGAUGGAAAGAUUUGGCCCGCAAACUCAGCACCUCAUCUUGAAUGAGAAUUGUACUUCUGUACACAAUCUCCGCAGCCUUAAGAUUCAAACUCAGCUCAACCUCAUUGACUCAAACAUAUUUCCCCAGCUUACCAACUACAAUUGCAAGGGGGAUCUAGCUACCUUCUCCCUGCCUGUAAUCCGUGGUGAGUGCCUCCUGAAGUACCAACUACGACCCAAACUACAUUGGCAGAGGGAUGCCUGUAUCACUUGCAAUCUUGAUGAAUUUGUGACUGAGGCUCUGGACAUACCUAAUUUCCAGGAAAGUGUACAGGAAUAUAAGGAAAACAUGCCAGACAGUACAGGGAAAGAAAUCCAAUAUCCAGAAGUCGUCUUCCUCGGAACAGGCUCUGCCAUUCCAAUGAAGAUCCGCAACGUCAGUUCCACACUUGUGAACAUAAGCUCUAACCAGUCUCUGCUAUUGGAUUGUGGGGAAGGCACCUUUGGGCAGCUCUGCCGCCAUUAUGGAGAUAAAGUGGAUAGAAUCCUGGUUAACAUUGCUGCUGUGUUUGUGUCCCACAUCCAUGCAGAUCACCAUACGGGCUUAUUAAAUAUCUUGUUGCAGAGAAAACGUGCUUUGAAAUCAUUGGGAAAGUCACCCAGCCCACUGUUACUAAUUGCACCCACUCAAGUCAUGAUAUGGCUGCAGCAGUACCAUGACCAUUGCCAGGAGAUUCUAGGUGCUGUCAAUAUGAUCCCUGCUAAGUGCCUCCAAGAAGGAAUUGAAGUCUCCAAACCCAUGAUUGCAAGACUGAUUACUUCACUGCUAGAAAAAUAUGAUUUGGAAGAGUUUCAGACUUGUUUGGUUCUACACUGUAAGAAUGCUUUUGGUUGUGCAUUGGUUCACAAAUCAGGCUGGAAAAUAGUCUACUCUGGUGAUACCAUGCCAUGUGAUUCUCUGGUCCAGUUGGGGAAAGGAGCUACUAUGCUUAUUCACGAAGCUACUUUGGAAGAUGGUUUAGAGGAGGAAGCAGUAGAAAAGACACACAGCACUACUUCCCAGGCAAUUGGAGUUGGGGUGAAGAUGAAUGCCAAGUUUAUCAUGUUGAACCACUUUAGUCAGCGUUAUGCCAAGAUCCCCCUUUUCAGCCCUGACUUCAAUGAGAAAGUUGGGAUUGCAUUUGACCACAUGAGGGUCAGCUUUGGAGACUUUUCAAUAGUUCCUAGGCUGAUCUCUCCUCUCAAAGCCCUGUUUGCCAAUGAACUUGAAGAGAUGGUAGAGAGGAAAGAGAAACGGGAGUUGCGACAGAUCAGAAAGGCCCCUGUUAGCGCAGAUCACUGUGGGCGUGAUGAUGGACAAGGACCCAAGCAGACUCAUAAUGGAGAAGAGGAACCUCAAACCCCACCAGUCAAAAAGCUCAAAGUAAACUGAAGACAUGGCCCUGGACAGAAGGAGAACGGGCAUUCGUGCUUACUUUCCUUUCUUCAUGGGAAGGUCAUGAGUGCUGGUUGAGUGGAGUACUAUCUUCUUUUGCACUCUAGAAAAAAAAUUCCUAUUACCUUUGCUAGAAUAACUGGGAAGAGACAGAUUUUGAAGUAGAAUGUAAUCUCUUGGAAAACGGACAGUGUGAUUUUUGUCUUUGCAUCCCAGUGUCACAUAAUGCCUUGCAAAUACUUGUUAUGUUAUAAAUAUUUGUGGAAUUGAAUUUAAAUUGCCAGAAUUUUUUAAAGAAAAAAAUGUUUUAAAAAUUGUUUUGAUAAAAUCAGCACAUGUCAGGACAGGUAAUAUGAUAAUACCACUCAGGUAGAUUUCUUUAUAAUGUGAGGAAGGAGAAAGAUAACAUCAUGAAUAUGAGUGUUGAAAAGGACUUUAGCAGCUUUCUAACAAAUGUGACCUGUAAUUCACCCUGUUUUACUGAGGAAAAUACAUUACCUCCUGAGGAUUACAUUUCCCUUUUGAAUACCUCUAAUUGUUAGGAACUUUUUCCUGACAUCAAGCUUCUUUUUUGCUUCUUUGCAAAUUUCUACCCAUUACUGCUGGUUCUUCCCUCUGGGGCUAAGCACACACUGAAGACCUCCCACCAAGUUGUCUACUCCCUUAUAAUACCCUGAAUCCAGUCAUUCAGACAGUUGUGAAUUAUUACUAUGUAAGCCAGAUCCCCAAGAAUGGUGUGAAAUACUUUAUUAAAUUCUUUACCAAAACCUA